AGAAGAGCCCUGCUAUAUAAAAUCCCCCACGCCCACCUAGGGUUGCCCUUCUCCCUCCACAACCGCCGCCGCCGUCGCAAACCCUCGCGCACUCGCCUCCAACCCUCCUUCUCCGCCGCCCCACCGCCGCCGUCGACAUGGGCAAGGUGCACGGAUCGCUGGCCCGUGCCGGGAAGGUCCGCGGGCAGACGCCCAAGGUCGCCAAGCAGGACAAGAAGAAGCAGCCCCGCGGCCGCGCCCACAAGAGGAUCCAGUACAACCGCCGCUUCGUCACCGCCGUCGUCGGCUUCGGCAAGAAGCGCGGCCCCAACUCCUCCGAGAAGUAGGCGCGCGCCAAGAAAAGGCUCUUCCUUUGCGCUAGUUUUCCUCUCGUUGUUACGCAAGAUUAUGAUGAUGGAAGAGACACUACUGAAGUGUUAAAGUAUGCAUUGUUUUGCUUAGUUGAAGAAUCUGAGAUAUUGUGGUAUGAGUAUGCAUGUUUUGAUUAGUUGAAGAAUCUGAGAUAUUGUGGUAAUGAGUUCAUGGCUUAAA